GACUCACUUUAAUGCAACCGCUGUCCUCAGGUGGACGGGGAGGUAGUGAACCUGCCUCUCAACCUGGGCCAAGGUCAGGUGACUGUCUCCCAGCUUGGAAACAUGGCUGUUCUGCAGACAGACUUUGGCCUGCAGGUCUCCCAUGACUGGAACUCGAAACUGGUCAUCCAACUUCCCAGCAGUUACAACGGCAAUGUGUGCGGCAACUUCAACGACAACCCCAGAGAUGACCUGCUGGACCAGGCCGGAAAGGCAGUGACGACGGUGGUGCAGUGGGCCAAUGUCUGGAGGGUGAGGGGCCUGCCUGAGGAUAAGUACACCCCCUGCUUUGACAGCUGCCAGGGGAAGGACUGUUUGCCGUGUGACAUGACCCAGACGAAGCAGUAUGAGUCAGCGGCCUUCUGCGGGGCCCUCAUGGCCAAGAGUGCUGUGUGUACGACAUGUGUUAACAAGUGGGACAGGAGGAUGCUGUGCCAGGCCUUGGCCACUUAUGCCAAUCUGUGUCGGCAGGAGGGUGUUGUGGUCGAGGACCAAGUUUGGCUGCCGUAAGUAACUGACAGGGAUGAAAAGGCUCAGCAUAAUCUCUAUGCACAUUA